UUAUCCAUCUCCAAGGAAACAAAAAUGGCUUCCCAAACACCACAGCUCCAUUUCGUUCUGUUUCCAUUAAUGGCACAAGGCCACUUGAUUCCGAUGAUGGACUUAGCAAAGUUAUUACUUCAGCGCAAUAACAAUAUUAUUGUCACGGUUGUCACAACCCCGAAAAACGCAGCAAGAUUCACAUCAACCUUCGCUCGCUACAUUGAUUCCGGUUACCAGAUUCGACAAAUCCAGCUUCAGUUUCCAUAUCAAGAAGCCGGCUUGCCAGAAGGAUGUGAGAAUCUUGACAUGCUUCAUUCACUUGGCAACGCUUUCAGCUUUUUCAACGCAGCAAGUCUUCUAAGGGAACCGGUGGAGAAGAUCUUCGAAGAGUUGUCGCCGCCGGCAAGCUGCAUAGUCUCCGAUAUGAGUCUGCCGUACACGAUCCACGUCGCUAAGAAAUUCAAGAUUCCAAGGGUUUCUUUCGCUGGAGUUAGUUGCUUCUGUUUAAUGUGUUAUGAUGCUUUGCAUACAAGUAAUGUGAGGAAUAGUGUUCAGGAUGAAACAGAGUACUUCGUUAUACCAGGUUUACCGGACGAAAUUGAAGUCACUAAAUCGCAGGUACCGGCACAGGUGGACGAGAAUUGGAGCAGGUUUGGUGAAGAGAUUUAUGCAGCUGAAAGUGAUUCUUAUGGAGUAAUCAUGAAUUCGUUUCAAGAAUUGGAGCCUGAGUAUGAAAGAAUGUACAAGAAGGUUAGAAAGGAUAAAGUGUGGUGUGUUGGUCCGGUGUCACUGAUCAACAAGGAUCAGUUGGAGAAGGUUCAAAGAGGAAACAGUGUUUCAGUUGAAGAGUGGAAGCAUCAAAAUUGGCUUGAUUCUCAAAAGCCAAAGAGUGUGAUUUAUGUCUGCCUUGGAAGCUUAAGUAAUGUAACUGCAAUUCAGUUGAUUGAGAUUGGUUUAGCCUUAGAAGAAUCUAGAAGACCCUUCAUUUGGGUAAUUAGAGAAGGGAAUCAAUUAGAGGCGCUAGAAAAGUGGAUUAAGGAAGAUGGUUUUGAAGAAAGAAUCAAAAGUAAGAGUGUUAUAAUUCGAGGUUGGGCUCCUCAGCUACUAAUACUGUCACAUCCUUCAAUUGGAGGGUUCUUGACACACUGUGGCUGGAACUCUACUUUGGAAGCUAUAUGCGCCGGCAUGCCGAUGCUGACGUGGCCGUUAUUCGCAGACCAGUUUCUGAACGAAAAACUAGUUGUCCAAGUACUAAAAGUUGGAGUGAUGGUUGGUGUGAAAAGUCCUACUGCUUGGGUGAAGGAAGAGGUUGGUGAACUGGUUAAGAAAGAAGAUAUUAAAAUAGCAAUAGAGGAGUUAAUGGAUGAGAAUAAUGGUGAAUGUGAAGAAAGAAGAGAAAGGAUAAAAAAGUUAGCGGAAAUGGCUAAAAGAUCUGUAGAAGAAGGUGGAUCUUCUCAUAGUAACUUGACUGUGUUUAUCAAAGAAAUUUUGCAUAAAAGCGUGGGAGGAAUAUGAUAAUAUAACUUUCCAAACUAAUGGCAAACAAUGUAAUUGCAAAUGUGUGAGAGUUUUUAGUAUGCUUAAUUUUUGGUGUGUUUGGAAUAUCAAAAUAUUUGACUAUAGGGCUCUUCAAUGUACAAUAUGCGGUUUGCACUUGGAAUCCAAUAAUGGUCUUGCUUAUUAA